UUCCUCGUUUACCAGGGUCAGUGAAUUGUGAGUGGCCGAGAUGGAGGAUUGGUGAGUGAGACGAACAGGAUGACCACGCUUGAAUAAACUGAGAUAAACGGCACCGUUAACAUGGUAUGAGUAGAAGUGAAUCACAAUGGAUUUAUUUGGAGAUGGUCCCUACAGAAAUCUGGACAGAAGGAAAAUUCACCCUCUACUGGAUCAGGAGGAAUAUGAAGUGACGGAUACAGACAAUGCAGUCAAGGUUCACACAGACAAGCCCCAUCUGGUCAGUUUGGGAAGUGGACGCCUCUCUACAGCGGUCACCAUACUGCCACUACAAGAGGGUAGGACAGAUAUUGGUACCUACGAUUCCCCCAGUGAGCCAGACAUUAUUAUACAGGGAACGGGGGUGGAGCCAGAACACUGCUAUAUUGACAACAUCCACGGAGUGAUCACUUUGUAUCCCCUCGCCAAGAUGUGUGCAGUGGACGGGAUUCUCGUCACUGAACCCACCAGACUUCCUCAGGGUUGUAUGCUAUGUCUGGGUAGAUCUAACUACUUCCGAUUUAACCACCCCAAGGAGGCCAAGAAGAUCAAAGAAGCCAUGCCAAACUGCAGAAUCUCCUGUGCCCCUCUGGCUUUCCUUCAGGAAUUGGAGGAAAAUCCUGAGUACCUCAAAAUGAUAUCAGACGCUGGAAAUACUGUCCAAAAGCGAUCCUCAUCAGGAUCUGACAAAAGUCGCAAGGGGUCAUCAUCAAGGUCACCGCAAGGGUCAUACAGCAACCAGCAAGAGGAUGAGGAAUUCCUGAACAAAGUGUGUAAAUUUGAGAUGAUCUCGCGCGGCAAGGGCUCCCCCACUGUGAAAUCUCCUGUGAACAAAAGUUUCUCUCCAGAUGGAUCGUACAGGUCUUAUGGACAAGUGAUCUCGGAACAUAACCAUGUAGGUCACGUCAUGGAACCUGUGUCUCCUGUGGAAAUGAAUAGAGGGCAUGUGUCCUCACCCCUAGAAGGGAAACAGUUUGUGCCAAAGUCAGGUUAUCCGUAUGCAGGAGAAAAACUAUUCACCAAAGAAACUGCUACCACUCGUGUGUCUGCAGACAUUCUCAUGAAAGCUGGAACUGUGCAAACAAUGCAGACAACAGAGAGAGUGACCAGCACGGGGAGUUCUAGCUCCAGUUCACUGACUAGUGUAAGUAGUGCAGGGGGAGGCACACUCAGCUGGAACUCCGACUCCGGCAAAUCCUCACCUAGAACCAGCUUUGUGACUCUCUCUUCCCAGAAUUCCACUGAACAAAAGAAACCCAUCAUAACUGUACUGUCCCCCAAAGUGUUCAACUCCAAAGUCUCUUUAGAGACUGAUGCCGAGAAACUUGCAGAGAGCAUAAUGAAUGGAGAUCUGCUGGCUACAGCUUAUGAUAGUGCUGGAAGCAGUAACUCCUCGAGUAAGAGAAAUACGUUCGAAGGAAUGGACUUUGAUUUUAAUGAACUGACUGCUAGCCAACAGGAUUUGUCUAUAAAACAUCGUGAAAUGGUGGCAGAACGUAAGAAAGAGCAACAAGCAGAAAGGCAAGAAAAACAGCGACUUGAGGAAAUUCUCAGUAUGUGUGCGGAAUAUGACAAACAGAUUUCAGAGGUUCAUCUGAAAGUGAAGACAACAGUGAAACAACAAACAACAAUUACAGCAGACACAAAAAUUACUCCAAACAUGCAACAAUUCCUGGACAAUAAUAUUCCAAAGUUUUCUGGUUCUCCACACCAUAAGGAGGCCCCUCCUGUUCAUCCAAAACCCAAAUCUCCAAAGACUCCAAAAGCUGGGGAUUCCUAUGUUUUUGAUGGUUUUUCAGUGGAAAAGAUGGAACAGUAUGAUCAACAUCAGAGGUUACAUUCUGAUUCUGGGAAGUGUGAGAGUCCACUGAUUUCAUACCAGGAUGUCACACCAUCCAAAACACCGACAGGAAAUAAAAUUGUCAGUCCUAUCAUAAAAACAGAUGGACAUCAUUCAAGGUCUGUGAAGGGACAGAUUACCAGUACACCAAAAAGUGUCAACUUCAAAGAUGAAAGUCCCCGAGAAUCAAAGGGAAGUCCUAGACAGUCCACAGAAAGUCCAAGGUACCCUCGAGAGAGAAAAGACUCGGAUUACGAUAGUGCUGAUAUGAUUAUAGAACCUCCCAAAUUAGUGAAUGGAGAUGUGCCUUCACUUCAUGGAAAGAAUACACAAAGUGUGAAAAAACCUUUGGAACAAACUUUAGAAGUUUCUGUCAAACCUGCUGUUCAAACUGAAAGUGAAAGUAAAGGUGGAAAAACAGGUGUCAAUUUAGCAUUCAAAUUAAAAGACGAUGAAUUUAACAGUGAGAGUUUGGCAUCACCUACACAUCGACCAAAUCAUUUACCCAGUUUCCAGGAUUUUAGUAUUGAAGUUCAUUCAUUAGAUAGAAAAGAAAAGUCUGAAUUUAGAAGUUCCAUGACUAAAAUAAAAACCAAUGGAUCAUUAACCAUGAUUUCAUCUCCCAGCAACACACACAAAGAAUUCGGCUUCCAGAUGCAAAGAGCAAGUUCCAACUCUUCUAAUUCCGAGGAAGAAUCUGCGAGCAAUUCAGAGGACACGGGUACAAUCAAACGCCGUCCAGGACAAUUACAGGAGUUUCAAGUUCGCAGAACUGGCCCUGGGUCAUCUGAGGUCAAGGACAAAGAUAACUUGAGCCCAGAUGAUCCUCCCACCCCAAGUUUCCGUCCUGCGAUGGGGAGCAGGAGUCCCAAACUCACACGUAAGCUGAUGCUUGUUGAGGAUUCUGGGGAGAAGGGGAACGAAAACACAAAUUCAUAUCAGGUCCGAAGAGAGGAAGGAAAUGUCAAGGUGGUUAAUAUAGACAUUGAGAGUAAAAGUCCUACUGCUGUGUCAAAGAGUAAAGAAGACCAAGACUCUGUACAUGUCAGCUGGCUUGAAUCGCAAAGGAGAAAAGUUGAAAAUGGAUUUUACAAUACCAAAGACUCUAAUAAAAGUGAAACAUUUUCUUUACCUCAGAAUGGUGUGUCAGGAAAGUCUUCAGAUUCCAGCAGUGAUACUAGUUCCAAUGUGCUGGAUCAGAAAAAAGGAAUUUAUGAAAACAUACCAGCUAGGUCACCAAAGCCUUUCCCAAAUUUUAAAGUGGAAUUAAAACAUGGAAUGAAACUGCAGUCUUUCUUUGAUGGUGAUAGUUCAGUUGUGAAUGGAUUACCAAGGUCAAGGAAUUCCUCUGGUUCUGGAGGGGGGAGAAAGUCAGAUGAUUUGGAGAGUCUGGUGUCCAACAGCAGUGAGGGAGAGGUCAAAGGGUCAGUCAGGGGUCACCGAAGGUCAGGAGAUUCAUCUAGUCGGAGGAGCUCCGGACACAACAGGGAUUCGGAGUCAUACCAGCAGCUGGAUCGUAUGAAGAAGAACAAAGUGGAACUGGUAUCUAAAAUCACCUUCCUCAAGCAACAGAUAGAAGAAAUCGAAAAACUGGAGAAUGAAGCCAUCCGAGAGCUGGAGAUGGAGAAAGCUCUGUUGGAUGGAGAGAAGGAGACAGAGAUGGAGGAACUGCAGAGAGACCAGGAGCGGAUCAAUGUUCUGAAGGAGCGGCACCGAGAAGUGGUGGAGAGGGCAGCAAGGGAGAGGCAAAAGCAGCGAAUUAGAACUUCCAGCAGAUUACGUAAAGAACUGCAGCAAAUGGAGAAGCAGAAGGAGCUGAUACAGAGACUGGAGGAGGAACAGCAGGAGACGGAGCAGAGACUAGAAUCCUGCUCCAAAGACGAGGAGGAAGAACUCCUAGAGAAGCAUCAGCAGCAGACGGACAGCAUAGAACACAGGCAGAAGAUAUUUGACGACCUUGAAUUCAAACAACUAGAGUCUGAGGCAAAAUAUGAAGAAGAAAAGGAGCAGAUACAAAGAAAACUGAUGAAAGAGCAGCAAGAUUUACUGGAGAAAUACAGAUCAAGGGAGGAUCGUUUAGUGGAAAUAGAUGGCCAACAAAAGGAAAUGUUGACGGGAGUCCGAAAAGACAUGCAAUCCAUGGAGCAGAAAAGGCAGCAAUUGGUGGAGGAAUUCCGGAAGGAAAAGGUAGAAUUAUCACAUUUGGUGAAGAAAAUUCAAGAAGUUUCCAAAAUGUUGGCUAUCCCUGUUAGUGAUGACAAUAGGGACUCAUUUAUAGCAGAAUUACAGGAGGGAAAGCACUCAUCCAGAGACAGUUACAAUGACCCUGUAGGUCAAGGUCAUGGAGAUAAGGAGGGCUCAGUGCCCCUCCCCACGGCUAGUCCGACAAUGACCUGGAUAGCAUCCUCAGAGAAAGGUGAGCGCAAGAAAUCAGCCACCAUGUUGGAGAUCGAGCGUAACCACUCACUGUUCCUCGAGCUUCAAGGUGGUCAUGUGAUCGAACAGGAGAAGAAGCGUAUCGAGGAACUGAAGCGUCGGGCUGCAGACGAGGGGCGGGCGCAGUGGGAGGAGAGAAAACUCCGAGAAGCCAACUGUAAGAGCUUCAACUCGCUCGAGUCCGAGGACAGCAGUGUCGCCAGCAGCUGUGAGACGCCCUCUGAGAAAGAAACAAGCUUGAGCAGUGGGGAAGACCAACUAGAGAAGAUGAUAGAGUUAGAGAGACUCCUUGCCCAAGCUCAGUCCGAGAAAAUGAGGAUAAUCGCAGAUCAGGUUAAGACUAGGGAGACAGAAAUGAUGGCUCUCCAGGAGGAAAGACACAAGCGAGAGGAACUGGAGAGGAAACUUCAGGAGGAAACCCAGCUCCGGGAGGAACUAGUCCAACAGCAGAUCAAACUACGGGAUAAACAGGCAAAACAGGCUCGACCCCUAACAAGAUAUCUACCAGUCAGAGGUAAAGAAUUUGACCUUAAGAACCACAUAGAGUCUGCAGGUCAUCACCUUGACGACUGUCCUCAUGUGGUGGUCACUGCCACAAGCUGCAGGGGAUGGCUACACAAAAUGGGAAACAAAUUCAAAACGUGGCAUAGACGCUGGUUUGUGUUCGACAGAAACAAGAGGUCUCUAAUUUACUAUACUGACAAAAACGAGGCCAAACCAAGAGGGGGCAUUUAUUUCCAGGCUAUAGAGGAAGUGUAUGUUGACCAUUUAAGAACAGUCAAAAGUCCAAAUCAUAAGUUAACUUUCUGUGUGAAAACUUGUGAUAGGACCUAUUAUAUGGUGGCCCCCACACCAGAGGCCAUGAGGAUAUGGAUUGAUGUGAUAUUCACCGGAGCAGAAGGAUACCAGCAAUUCUUAUGAUAGAGAACUAGAUUAAUUAAUGUAAAUUAAUACUGUGAUUUGAAAGGUAAAACAGAAAGAGGGGAAAGGGUUUUCUUAGGGAGGGUCAAAGAGAAAUUGGAUUGUGACAUGAUGUCAUUAACAGAAGCUUGCAAAUUGCACUGUUGAAGAGUCAGAUUAGAGUUGUGUGUAUGUUUUUGUGAAGGUCUCAGCUCUAGAAGAAUUAGGAGGAGCAUGUUUGCCAGAAAUACAUGUAAUAUAUGACUGUCAGAGAAUGUGUGCUAACAAAGAGAGUAAUUUAAGUUAUUCAGAUGCCCAGGACCUGCAGUGAUGGGAUGCUGCAGCACUGGUAACUUCUACAAGGAAACACAUAGAUUUUUAUCAUGAUAUUCUCAAUCUUCACUCUCUCUUCACUAUGUGCAAGAUGGUGCAGAAAAGUACAGAAUAAAAAUGAACUUUAUUGAAUAUUCACUAUGGCAUUGUUCCUGUAGAGUUCAAAAGAUCUUGUUUUUGUUUCUACAACUUACAAGGUUAUAUUUAUGGUUUAACAUGUUUAAGUUUAGAAAUGUCCUCAGACUGAUAGUUAAACAUUACUUGAAUGUUUAUAGAUUUGUUAAUAAGAAUUAAGAGCAGAAAAGUAACAUUUCUCUAGGUAGCUAAUUUUUUCAGGUCUAAUUUGUUAGUGAUAAUUACUAUUUGUUACAUUUGCUGAAAUGUAUGUGAUGCUGAACGAGAAAUUCUACAUUUUUUCCACAGAAACCUGUAGGUUUAAUGUGUUUAUAGUGCUACUAUAUGUAUCUGUACUUAUGAAAGUAAAUUAAAUUUAUUCCUCACACGACACUCGACAAAUCAUUUGAAAAUAUGAUGAAGUUUUCAAAGGCAGAUUUAAAUUGUAUUGACAAAGAUAUAUUCAAAUUACAGAAGACCAAUGUUGCAUACGUCUAUAAAAUUUCAGUUUUUCAUUUUUAUUUUUCUACAAUACGUUUUUUUUUUAUCAUUGGCCUCUGUCUUGGUUGAUAUAUUUAUGUUAUAGUGUAGCUCUUCCAUCCAUCUUGCCCAAAGUAUUUGUUACCAUAACAACAGUCAGGGUGAUGUAUGUUGCAUGGUGUUUUUUACAUGUAUAAUUGUUGUGGAAUUGACAUGGUCAAGAUCUUUGUUACAAUUUGCUGAUAUUUAUAAAUGAUACUGUAAUAAAACAUAAAAAUCUUCAAA